AACAACUAGUAUAUAGUUAAGGAAUUUACAAUAACAAUAUUAUGUACCUAUAUUUUGUGGGAAUCGGCACACCUGACUUAUACAGUAUAAAUAACACACCUAGAGCAUGGCCUCAAUAUUUAAACAUGCAAAAGGAAAGGGAAAUGAAAACUUUUAAAUUGUCAGAGAGAAAUAAAAAUGUGUCGUGACACGAAAAGAUGAAGAAAGAAAGUCAAACACGGAGGUGUCUAGAAAUAGAGGUGGCAGUGGCAAAAGAGUGUUUUGGAAGAGGCAUGGAUCCAUCAAGCGUUGCUAAGCAACGGCCGAUUGUUGUGCAGCUGUUUCUAAGUGGAUACACUUACAUCGAGUGGCUUGUGUGUGUGAAUUCAUUCUUAUAGAUAUUAAAAUAAUUGCUGGAUCGACCUAGUGAAGUUGUGUAAUUGUGAAUUACAGAAUAACAUUGUGAAAUUGUUCAGUUAUAUUCACGAAUCUAAAUUUUAUAAAGGAGAGCCAUGUGUGUUGAUGAGAAAGACAAGAAACCGAGCACUGAUUUACCUAGGGAUGAAGACAUCCGUAAUCUUAUCUACCAUCCUCCUCCAGUCGAAGAAAAAAUUCCUAUGUACCACUCAAAAUUCAGCAGUAAAGUCCGUGAAGAUGCAAGAAAGGUUAAGGAUUGUCAUAAGACUUUUGGUUAUGCCGAAGUCCCUCUUGAACCUCCGACAAAUUUUUUGAAAAAGAAAACUCGCAUUGUUAGGAGACCAUUGGUUGAAAAGCAUAAAUACGUUGGAGAGCCAAAGCCUGGACUGCCAAAUCGGAUGAGCCAAAAAGAAACGGAUAAAAAAGAAGAGAAGAAUUUUAGAAGAGACAACAUAGUGAGAGUGGUGCGCGCUGUGCCUAAACAACCAGUCCCACAGAUUGUAGACACUCGGACCGGCCACACGCAGUCUUUAGAACCAUCGGGACUACAGCCCAAGUACAUAUACAGCAAGGAGUUUGGGAAAGUUCCAAAAUACCUCAGGAAAGGUGGAUCUCUUACCCAGAGAGAUAAGGAGGAAAAGGAAGAAAAGAAGACUAAACCACCUCUGAGAUAUGUCACUGAAGAGGAAAGAGAAGAAAUGUUACAGGGAUUAAAAAAGAACUGGGAAGAGCUACAGAAAGAGUUCCAACUUCUACCAAUGGUGACUGACACAGUGCCAAAGAUAAAAAGGAAAACACAGCUUGAAAAACAGCUGAAGGAUUUGGAAAAGGAUAUCGACUUAAUUGAACGCAACCCUGUAAUCUACGUUGCCACUGUUGCCAGUGAUGUCAACAAUAAUGAAUAAUAUUAAAAAAGGAAUUUCAAUCUACCUUCUUGCGGCGGGUUUAUUUUCUGCUUCUAAAAAUAAAUAA